GUAACCGGCAAACGAAACCCGCAUCUCCCUCGGAGCAGGGAGCAGGAAAAGGGUUUGCUGAAGGUCUCGGGGAUGCUGGGGCAGUGUGGGAGCCCGGCGCUGUGGACGCGGUGGGGAGAGCCACGGGAGAGCACCAACCGCAGCCUGGGAGAAUAACAUUUGCACUGUGACGGCUCUGCGAGCAAAGCCUAAACAGGAUUAGAGGCUUCCAUGGAAAUCCGCCUCCGAAGCAGGCCAGCAAGAGGCACAGAAAAGCCUCCAGCCCCUCCUGAAAAUAGUCCUUUAAGCGUCUGCGCUCCUCUCUCCGAAGGUCCCGGCGAGACACGGGGACUCCUGGGGGGUUCCAGCUGGCUGGGGAGCGCAGCCGGGCGCUCCCCUGCCCUCCGCUCCCCCCACGGCGUGCCGCUUCUCCAGGCGGCCGCGGCUCCACAGUCCCCACCGCCGCCCCGUUAAUGGUUAACCCGCCCGGGUGGGCUGAUGGGGCCGGCGGCAGUGGCGUGAUCCCCCCGCCCCGCCACGCCGGGCAAAGCCACAGCUGCCGCUGCGCUCCCGCUCCUCGGCACCACGUGUGCGCUCCGGUUCCCCGCGGAUGCGCUUCUCCACGGGUGCGCUCCGGUCCCUUCUCCCUGGCUCCUCAGCUCCGCGGGAGCUCUCCGGCUCCUCCGCAGGUGCGCUCCGCUCCCCGGCUCCAGUUGCGCGGCUCCGGCUCCCCGGCGCCUCAGCUUCGAGGGUGCGCUGCGGCUCAUCUACAGGUACGCAGCGGCUCCGCGGUCCGGGAUGCACCGUGGGGAAGUGUCUUCGCGGCUCCGCGUCACUCCGCGCUGCCCGUCGGGGGUCCGGGCUGGCACGAUGGCCCCGCGGGCUUUGGUGCUGAUGCUGGUGCUGGCGCUGGCGCUGGAGCGGGUGGCAGCGGAGCUGGCGGAGGAACUCGUGCUGGCCAUAGGAGCAGCUGAGGAGGAGGCAGCUGCCAUCGAGGCUGCCCCGUCGGGGUCGGGUCCUGCUGCCUUCCAUCGUGCCACCAAGGCAUCGUGGCGGCUGCCCGGGCGCUACAUGGUGGUGCUGCAGGCUGGCAUCAGUGAGGCCGAGGUGCGAGGCACGGCGCAGAGGCUGCAGGCCCGUGCGGCUCGGCGGGGAUACCUGACAGAGCUGCUGCACAUCUUCCACCUCCUGCCUGCCUUCCUAGUGAAGAUGAGCGGUGAUGUGCUGGAUACGGCGCUGAGGCUGCCUCAUGUGGAGUACGUCGAGGAGGACUCCUAUGUCUUUGCCCAGAGCAUCCCCUGGAAUCUGGGCAGGAUUGUACUGGCACAGCCCAGUUCGGGUGCCUACAGCCCUCCCAAUACUGGUGACCUGGUGGAGAUUUACCUGCUGGACACCAGUGUGCAGAGCACCCAUCGGGAGAUUGAAGGCAGGGUGCUUGUGACUGACUUUGAGAACGUCCCUGAAGAGGAUGGGACUCGCUUCCACAGGCAGGCCAGCAAGUGUGACAGCCACGGGACCCACAUGGCUGGGGUGCUGGGCGGGCGCGAUGCCGGCGUGGCCAUGGGUGCCAACAUCCACAGCCUCCGCGUGCUGAACUGCCAGGGGAAGGGCACUGUCAGUGGGACCCUCAUUGGCCUGGAGUUUAUCAAGACGCUUCUGGAGGCUCAGGCCCAUGUGCCCCUGGUGGUGCUGCUGCCCUUUGCUGGUGCCUACAGUCGAACGCUGAACACUGGCUGCCGGCGGAUGGCACAGCUGGGGGUGGUGAUGGUCGCGGCUGCUGGUAACUACAAGGACGAUGCCUGUCUGUACUCACCAGCAUCUGAGCCAGAGGUCAUCACGGUAGGUGCCACCAACAGCGAGGACCAACCCGCCUCCAUCGGCACCCUGGGCACCAACUUUGGCCGCUGCGUGGACCUGUUUGCCCCAGGGGAUGACAUCAUUGGUGCCUCCAGCGACUGCAGCACCUGCUUCACGGCACAGAGUGGCACCUCGCAGGCGGCUGCACAUGUGGCAGGCAUCGCUGCCAUGCUGCUCAGUGCCGAGCCCCAGCUCAGCCUCGCCAAGCUCCGGCAGCGCCUCCUGCACUUUGCCACCAAGAAUGUCAUGGACAUGGCCUGGUUCCCCGAGGAGCAGCGGCUCCAGACGCCCAACAGCGUGGCUGCGCUGCCUGCCCAGCUGGGCACAGCCCAGCAGCUCUACUGCCGGUCGGUGUGGUCGGCUCGCUCGGGGCUCACUCGGCACUCCACGGCCGUGGCUCGCUGUGCCGGCACCGAGGAGAUGCUCAGCUGCUCCAGCUUCUCCCGCAGCGGCCGGCGGCUGGGGGAGCACAUGGAGGACAAGGAUGAGCAGAAGCAGUGUGUGGCCCACAACGCGUUCCGGGGCCGCGGUGCCUACGCCAUCGCCAGGUGUUGCACAUGGCCCAGCGCCGAGUGCCGGAUCAACGCCAGCUCUGCGGCGGGCGCCGGCUGCUCCCAGCAGGACCACUUACUGACCGGGUGCAGCUUCCGCUCCUCCGGUGCAGCGCUGGGUGACGGCGGCAGACCCGUCCCGGGCCCAGGGGACAGACCCAGCCACUGCAGCGGUGUGACAGGGGUGACGGCGCACGCCUCUUGCUGCCCUGCCGCCAGCCUGCAGUGCCGGGUGAAGGAGCGCACGUCCCCGGGACCGGCGGAGAAGGUGACCGUGUCCUGUGAGGGCGGCUGGACGCUGACGGGCUGCAAUGCCCAUCCUCACAGCCCUGGCACCAUGGGAGCCUACGCCGUGGACAACACCUGCGUGGCAGCCCGCGGCCCGGGCAGCGGCGCAGCCACCGCCGUCGCCAUUUGCUGCCGGAGCCAGCAGUAGGGACAGGCCGAACCGGCGCCGUGGCCGCCCUGGCCCGGCAGGCCCAGGGGCUUGGGUGGACUGCUGUGCCCCUGGCUCGGCACCUUCCCGGGGAUGCGCUGCUGCUCCCGGCACGCUCCUGGCACAGCUCUGGCACGCAGCUGCUGACAAUCUCCGCGCUUGGGCUGCCCUGGCGCUGGGUACGAGGCUGUCACCCAUCCUCUCGCACACAGACCCUGGGGGCUCUGCCAGAGGUCUCCAGGCAGCCCCCGCACUGCCGGAGUGCCUCCGCCACAGGAGCCGCCUCAGCAUCCUUUCCCCACCGCCUCUUUCUCCAAGUACCCUGACUGCAGGAGCCUUCGCCAGGCUGCUCCUGUUGUCACGCAGUGUGUGCCAAACCCACCGCCUCCUCCUGCUGGGGGCUGCCCCUCUCUUUCCUGGUGAGCUGCUGGGCUCCCGGGACAAGCGGAGGUUAGCCUUUGCGGGGCAGCCUUCCGAGGGCCUGGCUCACGUCCCCAGGAGGCUUUCGUUGUCAGUCGAGCGUAAGGGCUGCAGUUUAAUCAGUCUGCUUGUUUUAAUUAGAUUUUAAUCUGCAUCGCUAGGAGUCAGCUUCUGCUUAGUUGGUGGUUUUUUGUUUUGUUCUUUUGAGUCAGAGUUAAUGAUCUGCUGGCAUUGCAUUAACAGCUUCCCUUUCAGCUCUGCCCCGGCCGUGGCUCCUGUUGAGAACAAAGACGAGAAAGCUUUCCUAGUACCUUGGUUUAUACAUUUGUACCUCAGAUAUUUAUUUGGGAUUUUAUAAAUAAACAUUUUAUAAACCUCUUUUAAAA